AUGGUUCCAUUCGUCAAGUUCAUCGGCACUAUUGUUGCAGCUGCUCUGAUUGGCCCUUCUCUUGCCCACCCUGGCGAACAUCACGAUCACCAUGCCGGAAAGGCUCAGGUCCAAGCCCGCGAGCGACUUGCUGCUAGAGUCAGACGCUCCGUCGAUGCCUGUAGCGAAAGCAGCGAGCAUCUUGAAGUAUCUGCCCGUUCUGCUGCUCGUCGCUCCAAGGUUGUUAAAGACCUUCGUGAAAAGCGUGCCAUCACUGCUUCACCCCAAAAAUUCAAGCGUGACCUGGCCACUCUUGAGAAAUUUGACGCUCUGGACCACAACCGUACUGGCGACUUCCACUACGACAUGAAUACUCCCGAACACAUUGUCUUCGCUGCCAACACAAGUUGUGUUUUGAGCCCAGAAGUUACCGAUGGUCCUUACUACGUCACUGGCGAGCAGAUUCGUAGCAACGUCAAGGAGGAGCUCUACUGUGAUGGUGUUGAUCUCUUCCUUGAAAUUCAAUACAUCAAUAUCCACACUUGUCAGCCUGUUCCCGACGUUUGGGUUGACCUUUGGCAGGCCAACAGCUCGGGUGUAUAUUCCGGCAUCUCGACCUCUGGCAACUAUGCAUCCGGUGGCUAUAACUCUACUUAUCUUCGGUACUUAGUCUUCGCGCUUCAGCUUCAUGAUCAAUGUUCUGACUCUAUUGCAGUNGGUAUUCAGCCGACUGACCGUGACGGUGUCGUCCAUUUCGAAACCAUCUUCCCCGGACAUUAUGAUGGUAAGUUCAUCCGUUGUUUNGUACACAUGCACUCAGCUGACGCUAUGCCCUCAGGUCGGGCCACUCACACCCACUUACUCUCCCACAUGAACGUCACUCGCUUCCGCAACAACACCAUCUCUGCCAACAACAACAUCACCCACAUCGGCCAACUCUUUUGGAACUCCGAGCUACGUGAGGCAGUCGAACAAGUCUAUCCUUACAACACCAACACUCAAGCUAUUACUAGCAAUGCAGAUGACAUGUGGGACAUCGUCGCUGCCGGCACGACAUUCGACCCAUUUCCUGAAUACAUCUAUCUUGGUGAUGAUGUGUCCGACGGUCUCUUCGCUUGGAUCCAGAUCGACAUCGAUCCCACAGCUAACUACAUUGACGAUGAAUACUAUUCCGUCGCUGCUUAUCUGGAUGCCGAGGGUGGACAUGCUUCUUCGAGCUCCUUUGUUGGUGGUGGCAGUGGCGGUGAGGGUAUGGGUAAUGGCUCUUUCUCUGGCAACGGUACUGGCGCUGCAAACACGACAUCUCCUUGA